AUGUCGAAAAGGACUUACAAAAGAAAACCUAAAAAGGACGUUCCACCUACUGUUGCCAGCACAUCUGGCACAUCUGGUGCAUUCACACAAGGCAGAGAUGCCGAAAUAAUUGAAAAUAUUGAAAAUUUUCCUCUCCUGAAUAAGGAACAAUCUAUAUCCAGUGGCUUUGAAAGCCUUCAGAUAGGCACCUCGUCAUCCCUUUUCAAAAUCUGGAUCAAAUACGGUGACACCCGACCAGUGAAAAUUGUUUUCGAUGGAGAAGAUGUAAACGAUUUAAUAGAAGCGAUCAAGGAGGAACUGUCACCCGACUUGGAUGAUGUGCCUCUUAACCGCAUUAAUCUAAGAAGACACGAUGUAGAAGACGUAAAAAGUGCAAUAGAAGAAUUCUCCCAGCAAAAUCGUGUUGAGACGAUCCAACUAUCAAAUCUAUCGGAAGGAAAAGCAAAGAAUACAUUGGAUCAUCUUGGAUUAAUACCUAUGAAUGAACUUGAAUUACAAAAUGCCAAUGUUAUUUUAACAGGCGGUGCUGACAUUUCUAUUGAAGCAAACGGUAACCCCGGUGUUUGGAUUAAAACUAAGAAAAGGAAAGAGAAUUUUAAAAUGGAAGGGAAAAAGUAUUUAACGACAUCUGAAAUUGAAGAACGCAACAUUGCUUUGGCAAUAAUUAAACAGUUUAUACUCAAGGAAGGGGUUGGUUUUGAUGACAGAAUGGCUGACUUAAUCGAUGAUAUGACGGAAAAGGAAUUAUAUAGCAUGUCAAUGCGCAAAAAAUUAAUAACAAAAAGUAUUGUUAAAAGAGAUGAACAAUCAAUUAUAGAUCAAUUUAUUACCUUAAUGUAA